AGCAGAGCUGCCACUGUGCAUUUCAAUGUUAAUACCUCAGGAAGCAGGAAGCUGAAGCAGGAAACAAGAGGGGCCUGCUGAGUCUGUGUCAAACAUUUUCUAGAGGAAACUACAGAAGAAUGUCAGAUGCAGAAGAAAGUGUAGAAACAGAAAAAGAAGAGGAAGAAGAAAAUCUACAACACAGCCUAACUGAAGAUAAAUUAUCAUGGGAGGAGUCCCAGGAGGAGGAGGAGGAGGGAUUGGAAGGGAAAUGGAUGAAGGAGGAGGAACAUAUAGAAGAAGGAGAAGCAGCAAGAGGAAAGGAAGAGAAAGGGGAGGAACAGAUAGAAGAAGGAGAAGCAGGAAGAGGAAAGGAAGAGAAAGGGGAGGAACAGAUAGAAGAAGGAGAAGCAGGAAGAGGAAAGGAAGAGAAAGGGGAGGAACAGAUAGAAGAAGGAGAAGCAGGAAGAGGAAAGGAAGAGAAAGGGGAGGAAGAGAAAGUAAGAGGAGAGGAAGAGGAAAUAGACAAUGAGAAAGAGGAAAUGAGAGAGAAGGAGGAAGGCAUGAGAGAGGAGGGAGAGAGAUGGGAGGGAAAGGAAAGCGGUGAAGAGGAAAACGGUGAGGGAAGAAAGGAAGAGGAGAAGGAAGAGGAAGAGCAUGAGGUAGAAAGACAGGAGGGAACAGAAGAGGAGAAGAGAGAUAUUGUCAUAAAAGAACCCGAGGAAAAAGUUGGAAAAGACCAUGAAAUGACAAAGAAGUCUAAAACCACAUUCAGCUUAGAUGAUAUUGUCAUCAGCUCUGAGUCAUCCACAUCGGCUUCUUCAUUGAAUGGAAUCUCAGGAAGUAGCAAGUCGUCCUCCCGCUCCCAAAGUCCUCAAGUAAGCGAGAUUUUCAGAGAUAAUGAUACAAAAAUUGAAAUUACUAAGGCGGCUGACUUCAGGUCUGAGGAGGAAGAGAUCGAUUCUCUCAGGAGGAAGUCAUCGAAGGAAGAUGAGGAAACAGCCCAAGAAUGGAGAGACUCAGAACCAAAACAGGAAAGAAGGGCUAAAGCAGAAUCCAGAAAACUGUCCUUCCUCCUCACAGGGGAGGAAAGGCAGAAGUCAUCCCUGUCCCACACUGGGAGUUCCAAGGAGUCACUGGUGUCCACCUCCACAGAGGACACCUUGUUCCAGAAGGAGGAGGGCUCCAAGGUGUAUCCUUUGACCAUGACCUGGUCCUUUGGAUGGAACAGUUUCCUCCCUGUCUACUACCUCCGGGAGGACCAGAGAAUCCUUCUCUAUGUCUGUGCUCACACCGCUGUCAUCUACAAUGUCUUCAGAAAUACACAGUACCACCUUCAGGGCCACCCUAACAUCAUCUCCUGCCUCUGUGUCAGUGAAGACAGGCGAUGGAUCGCCACAGCAGACAAAGGACCAGACUGCCUCAUAAUUAUAUGGGAUUCCUUCACAGGAAUCCCCGUGCACACCAUAUUUGACAGCUGUCCAGAAGGUAAUGGCAUAAGGUCCAUAGCCAUCACUCGUGAUGCCAAGCUUCUGGCUACCAUCUCAGAUGCUGAAAUCCAGAAAGUGUGCAUCUGGAAGUGGACUUUGGCAGUGGAGACGCCUUCAUGCACUCUCAACCUGCCCAAAGAGUAUGGUUUCCAGAACUGCCUCACCUUCAACCCAGCAAACAAUAAAGAGCUGGUGAGCAACAGCAAGACACAGACCGUCUAUUACUCCUGGUUUGAAGAGAAGGGUAUCCUUGCUCACAGUGCCCCGGUUUUAACAGAGAAAACAUUCAACAAACUUGUGGGAAAAUUUAGCCAGUCCACCUUUCACUUGAAGUUAUCACAAAUACUUUCAGCCACAAAGGAAGGGAAGCUUGUUGUCUGGGAUAUCCACUACCCGCCAUCCUCCUCCUCCACGUUGGCCUUUCCCUUCAUCAAGCCUUGUAAACUGGUCCAUUUACAGAAGGAAGGCAUCACUGUCCUCACCACAGUGGACAGCUACAUUGUUACAGGUGACAUUAAGGGUAACAUUAAGUUCUACGAUCAUACCCUGUCUGUUGUCAACUGGUACAGUAACUUCAAACUAGGUGCCAUAAGGACUCUGUCCUUUUCAAAGACCUUAGCAAGUACACCUACAGAGAAGUCCAUCCUCCCCACAGACUGCACUUUAAAGGGGGACCUUUUCGUCAUCAGGAAUUUUAUUAUCGGAACAUUUGAUGCCACUGUGUACCACAUGACGGCAGAUGGUACCAGACUUGAGAAGCUCUUUGUGGAACCCAGGGAUGCUGUUUAUGCCAUCUCCUGCCACCCGUACCAACCCCUCAUCGCAGUUGGGAGUGUCUGUGGGAUGAUCAAGGUGUGGAACUACGAAAAGAAGGUGUAUCUGUUCAGCAGGGCUUUUGAGAAGGGGCUUGGCGUCCAGAGUCUGACCUACAACCCCGAAGGAGCCCUGCUUGGAGCUGGAUUCACCGAGGGGACAGUUUAUAUUCUCGAUGCAAUGUCGUUAGAAAAUGAAAGUCCAGAGCCCUUCAAAUAUUCCAGAACUAGCAUAUCUCACGUCAGCUUCUCGCACGAUUCCAAUUACAUGGCGACUGCUGAUGUCAGUUUCACCGUGGCCGUGUAUAUGGUGGUGGUCAAAAAUGGACAGAGGGUCUGGGAAUACCUGGCGAGACUCCGCUCUCAUCAUAACACCAUUCGAAGCCUCCUGUUUGGGGUUCACCUGGAUAGCAACGAGCCCAGGCUGCUGAGCCUCGGGAAAGACAGGUUCCUGAUAGAGUAUAAUCUUAUCAAGAGCUACAAAGACCACCUGGAAGUCUUGGACAUUCACCGAACAGACCAGGGGAGCUACCCCACCUGCAUGAUCUGGUACCCGCCGCUCACCAAGGAGCUCUUCCUGCUCAUCUGCAACAGCUGCUACAAGGUGAAGCUCUUCAAUUCCACCACGAAGAUGUGCAGAAAGACGCUCCUGGGACCGGCUUAUGGGUCUCCUAUAGAGCACACACAGGUGCUCCCCGUGAGAUCCACACUAGAGCUGCAGAAGCGGUACUUGGUGUUCAUCAAUAAAGACAAGGUUGGACUCCAGAUCUUACCCGUUGAUGGCAACCCACACAAAACUUGUGCUAUCAUUUGCCACCCAAAUGGAGUGGCUGGAAUGGCUCUUUCCUAUGAUGGCUGCUAUGCCUUCACAGCAGGAGGCCAAGAUUGCUCAGUGGUACAGUGGGAAAUCAACUUAAGUGCCCUGGAUGCAGCUGUUUCUCUUGGGGGUGAAGACUUGACCCCAUUCUACGGUCUGGUGUCUGGUGGCAGAGAAGGAAAAUUCUACAGGGAACUGGAGGAUUACUUCUACUAUUCUCAGAUCCGCAGUCAAGGCAUCGAUACGAUGGAGACCAGGCAGGUGUCGGAGCACAUCUGCCUGUCGGAGCUCCCUUUUGUCAUGAGAGCAAUUGGCUUUUACCCAUCAGAGGAGAUGAUUGAUGACAUGUUUAAUGAGAUCAAGUUUAGCGAAUACGUGGACACUGGGAAUCUGAUCGACAAAAUCAACUUACCGGACUUCCUCAAAGUUUAUCUUAAUCACAGGCCACCUUUUGGGAACACCUUGGCUGGCAUCCAGGAGAGCUUUAACGUGCUGGGUUUCACCAAUUCCCAAGGGAAAAAGGCUAUUCGGAGAGAGGAUUUCCUGAACUUACUCCUCACUAAAGGCGAGCACAUGACAAAGGAGGAGAUGUAUGACUGCUUUGCGACGCUGUUUGGUCUGAAUCCUGAGGGGUGGAAAUCGGAGCCUGCAGCCACCUCCAUCAGAGAUCCAGAAAUCUGCCUGGAAGAAGAACUUCCAGACGAAAUCACUGCAGAAAUAUUCACGACUGAAAUUCUUGGCUUAGCCAUUUCCGACAGUUCCGAACAGUUGGAUGAGUGAAGUCACGGAGAAUGUUGGCAGCAUAAAGGACUUUGUGUGUGCUUGCACACGCAUGUGUGCAUUCCCCAAGAGCCUUUUUCUGUAUGUGCCUACCCCCACCCUGAUUUUUAGAGCGUUUAGACAUUAAAAGCCAAUUUCUC